AUGUUCACCGUGAAGCAAAGCACUACGAAUGGGGUCAACACCGUCUCGGCGGCAUCCGCUCACCUCACGAUGACGGUCGAGGCCACCAAAACGCUGUGCACCGGCCUGCUGAAAAAACUUGCUGCAACGCUCGAGUCGCCCAAGUCAGCCGACGCGACCGAGUGCACGCCAUUGCACCUCCAAAAACAAGCCGCACGGACGCCUCACGACCCGGUUCUGGGGACAGCAGAGCACGAAACGACCUUGACACCAUGUGAACAACACCCGGAGAUGCCCCUGCGAAACCAAUCGAGCGAGUGCCACGCCGUCCUGCAUCUGUCGCUCCAGAUCCUGCUGUUUGCCAUUGUCGACUUUGCCCCGGACUUCUUCGGUGGCGUGCUCACGGGUCACCUCAGUGCUGUCGAUAGCAGCGCGUUCAUCGCUGCUCGCAGUCUCGCCGUCACGUUCACGAUGCUCACAAGCGCGAGCCUCAUUGCUGCCAUGAGUGCAGCAAUGGACACACUUUGCGCGCAAGCGUACGGUGCCGGUCAACUCCAGGACCUCGGUCUCUUGUUUCAGACGGGCAUGCUCGUCUUUUGCCUUGGCUUUCCACCCAUUGUCCUUGCCAGUGUCUAUUGUGUCGAGCUCCUCGAGUUCGCGGGACAACAACGGGAACUUGCUGAACUGGCCUACAAGUUGGUGCUGCUGACCCUGCCUGGUAUGCCCUUUGCUGCUGCGAGCACGCUGAUGGGCAAGAUCUUGCAGGGACAGAGUCGGAUGAAACCCCUCGUGGUCAUCGGGAUCGCUACUGGCGUUGUGCAGGCCAUCCUGCUGUAUGUUCUCAUGUUCCGGACAACACUUGGGCUCUCCGGCUUAGCUUUGGCCACGUCUGCAGCAAUGCUUUGCAAUGCGGUGGCAUUGGCCACAUACUUGCAAUGCAGUGAUCUCUAUCAACGCGAAUGGCCAGGCUGGCAAUUUGCUGAAGCUGUUCGACGGAUGCCUGGAUUCGCACGCUUGGGUGUAUCGGGCAUGGCGAUGUUUGUGUACGAAGUCUGGAGCUUCGCAGCAGUCGGACUCUCGUCCGGCAUGCUCCUUCAUGCCCGUACGACCGUCAGUGCCGAUUCCAACUACCUCAAUCUUCGAUUUCUCGGGGCGUUGGGGUACAUGGCAAUUGCACUGGCAGCUUCCGUGCGAGUUGGAAAUGCCCUAGGCGCAAAUGAUCCAGCACGGGCUCGACACGCGGCGAAACUUGCCUUGGGGCUAGGCGCCUUGUGCGCUUUGAUGGCGUCGGCGACCAUGUCGCUUUUCCAUGACGUGCUCCCUCUUGCCUUUACGAGGGACGAAGAAGUCGUCAACGUCACGUCCGACCUACUGCUUGUGAUGAGUCCACUGCAGGUCUUCGCGGCGAUCGCAAUCGUGACUCAGGGCAUCUUCCGUGGCUGCGGCUUGCAAGCACUUGGAGCAAACGUCAAUUUCGUGUGCUACAUACUGCUGGCGGUGCCAUUAGGACUGCUGCUCGCCUUUCCGCUUGAUAUGGGCCUCACGGGCCUCUGGCUUGGACUUCAUACUGGCUUUGGUGCAAGCGGACUCUUCAGUGUCUACUGGUUGGCAUAUCGGGCUGACUGGGCAAAGCUGGCAUGCCAAGCGCUUGAACGGGCGACAGGCACCAGCAAUGGCAGAAGAACCGACGCCAAUUCCCAGUCGAUCGCUCGGGAGAAGUAUUCGCGUAUGCCUGUUGUCAAGCCCGAAGAUUAUUCCUCAUGCACCGAAAGUAGUAUCGGGCCAUGUGCGCCUCCCGCAUGA